GCAGCUUUGCUGCUUAACGAUGCCAUUGCGCCACUGUCUUGGCAUUCGUGGCGCCAAACGUUCGUCUGCGUCUUCUCUGAAGAGAUAAGAGAAUCAAUAGGCGAAGAAGAGAGGGAGGAGAGAGAGGAAUGGCUUCCACCGCGGCUAUGAGCUUCGGCUUGGCUGCAUCUUUCAGAGGGCUCUCUUUGAGCCCCAGUUCGUCGUCUUCCUAUCUCAGAGGCGAUAUCGGAGCGCCUUAUCUCAAUAACAGGUGCUCUGUCUCGUUCCCGGCGAGGUCCCCCCUGUCGAUCGAGGCCGCACACAAGAAAGGGGCGGGGAGCACGAAGAAUGGAAGAGAUUCGAGGGGGCAGAGGCUCGGGGUGAAGAUCUAUGGUGAUCAGGUGGCCAAACCAGGAGCGAUCAUUGUGAGGCAGCGUGGGACUAAGUUUCACCCAGGGAAAAACGUUGGAAUUGGCAAGGACCAUACGCUAUUUUCUUUGAUCGAUGGACUGGUCAAGUUUGAGAAAUUUGGACCAGAUAGGAAAAAGGUGAGUGUUUACCCACGUGUUGUUCAACCUGAAAACCCAAAUAGCUACAAGGCAAGAAGAAGGGAGUAUUUCCGACUCCAACGGGAGCGUCUCAAAGCAAAAAAGGAAGGCAUUUUAUCUCCUCAGUUAGUUUUAGCUUCAAAAGAGGAGGUCCCAGAAGAUGCAGCUUCUUGUUAAUAAUUUGAACUUGAUUUUGCCGUAGAGGUAAAGUGCCAUCUUGUUAGUGCGUUUGAUUUGUUGUUUGUUUUACAAAUCUAAGGAGGCCAAUUAAUGGAAAAGUUGCUCUUUCUUGAUUA